AUGGCUUUCAGAUGGAGCUCUAUUAAUACAUUCCGGGAUCAUCGGACCUUCGCAGAUGUCACUAGACCCCCACAUAUGUCGGAGAAAAAUUCAGUUCAAUCCGUCCCGCCGGCACCACCAGGACCAAGACUCAUUCAAUUACAACGUGACGCUCAGGCUUACCACCGGUUGCAUAGAACAUCACUCAUUAGGGAAGCAUUGACCCUAGACCAUCUGGGGCAUACGCCAAAACUCCUACGAGAUAACGGUGAAACAGAUUUGGAGAUCACAUACGUGGGGGGGCUAAGGGUUCUUUUUCUUUUUGACGGCUCAGUAGAUGCUAAAGAUUUCUUGAAUAAUGAGAAUAGGUGGAAAGAAUUUCUGAAGUUGGUGAAUUGGAGUGACAAGACCGAUAUGCAAGUUGAGAGAGUGGCCUGGAUCAGAAUCAUAGGGCUUCCACUAUACCUAUGGGGGGAUCGUAACUUUGCCAGUAUCACUGAAUGGUUAGGGAAGACAAUAGCACCAUAUGAAGAUCUAUCAAAUAGGGUGGACCUGUCGUGUCCAAAGAUUGGAAUCCUCACAUCAAGGAAAACCAGAAUAAAUGAUGAACUACAAGUUUCCAUUGACGGGAGGGUCCUAAAAAUUGGUAUCACCGAAUUUGAUGAAGACUGGUUUCCUUUUCGAUUUGACAAGUCGGAGGAUUACUAUGAGACGCAGGAUGAGGAUGAUGAAGAAGUCGGUGAGUAUGGGAAUGAAGAAGAGGAUGGGAUAUCGGAUACGUAUAUGGGGAACUCAGACGAUGAGAAGGAAGAUGGUGAGAUAUCACCAGAAUUACAAAUGGGAAAGAAUGUGGCUCAAACGGAAGGUGGAAAAGAGACAAACGCAGAGAUCGAAGAAGAAUCUCCGACCAGGCAACCGGCGGUCAGAAGCGAGGUAAUCGGAACGUCAGAAGAAGUGCAACGGACGCCUGGUGAUCAAACGACGGUGCGGGAUUCUAUAAUGACUGAACACGAAGCGUCGCCUAGAAUCUUGGAAGCAUUAAUGGAUAACGGUAACAUCCCUGUUCUAACCCACAAUUCAAAGGACAAGUGUCAUGGCCCAGGUAUGGAAUCAAACCCAAACACAAAUGGGCUCUCUUAUGGGCUACCCCCAAUUGGUUGUUUUGGGCCGUUUACUUCCCCUAUUGUAACAAACAAAAGGCAUAGGUCAGUCAUCUGA